CCAAAAAGAAAAACAAAUAAUACCAUCUCCAUGGAAUCACCUAAUGGAGUCCGAUAAUUAAUACCUGCAAAUUGAAGAUGGCAUAUCAACAAGAGUCAAUACGAAUAUUCACAUAGUGAGGUUGAGUUAUAUCAGUCAGAGAGUAAUAAUCAUUGCACACGGAUAGCCAGUACGUCACAGAUCGUCGAGCAGUCGAGUACUCGAUGCGUUGCGGAAGUCUAGUUCUUUUGCCAUACAGUGGAUUUCAAUAGCAGGCGAUCCCGGUGGUGAACGUAUUUAACAGUAUAGCAGCGAACGACUAGGGUAUAAUGCCAACGCACUGUCGUUGUGCCAACAGCUCUAAUUCGUAUAUCCAUCUAUAAACAAAAAUAAAUCCUAAUCUAGCUCCUGCACUUCACGAAGAUUCUCCAUAGAUGACGUAUCGUGUACUUCUCGAAAGAUAUUUAGACGUUGAAUCUUGAAGUUGAGAAGAUUGUUUUUUCGUACCGUCUAGUUCGUCGUUGUGAGUACGGAGUAAAAAAUGACUGUGGAAUAAUAGAGUGGCUGUGUAAAUACAUAUAGCAAAACGUAUAGCGCAGUAAGAGAGUAAAGUUCAGGAAAUGUGUGCCGUACAGUCCUGAUGAAUAUCUUUCAUGUUACAAUGCUAUGAAAAUGUGCGCGGACUCCGUUGUAUCCCUGCUGUCCGUCGAACGUCGCCCGAAGAGAGCUUUUGCGAGUUUCUAGAAAGUGGCAGGGUAAUAUCCAGGCAAGGUUCCAGGAUGGAUGCCGAAGCCGCACUCUUGGACGCCUCCCCGACCCUGUCCACGAUAUCCUCUCCCGAUCUAAUCGACCCCACGUACACGGGUGAAGGAUCCCCAUAUUCCCCAGAUUCGCCAAUCAUGAUCACUUCGGUUUAUCGAAAGUCUCGAGAGGAGGAGCUCACCCCACCUCCUACCUCGCGACAUCCUGAACCUACCAGGAAGGCUAAAUUUCGGAUACGACCACCCUACCUCAUGAUAUGCAUAAGCAUAAUCGAGGAUAGAUUGGCUUUUUCUCUGCUGCAGAUAACCAUUCACUGCCUCGGGGAUGAGACCACCUUACGAAGAUGGCUCGUCUACGAUCCACGACAACGUGUUCAAGGAUGGAGGUUCGCCUCGUACAUGCUUCUCCACUCGAACGCACUUCACCUAGCACUCAACGUGGUCAUUCAGCUCGUACUGGCUACGCCACUGGAGGUGGAACAGGGACGGAUGGGGGUGGCUACCAUAUAUCUCGGUGGUGGAGUUUGCGGGGCACUAGGAGCAUCUUUACUUCAACCGAGUGUUUACUUGGUGGGCGCAUCCGCUGGCGUAUAUGCACUCCUCACCAGUCAUCUCGCUCAUCUUUAUCUCUGUCACGGAGAGAUACGUUACGCAGGAUGGAGACUCUGUGCUGUCUUACUCUUAGCCGGCGCUGACAUUGCUUCUCUGCCUGUUCCUGCCCUACUGGGAUGCGGAAGGGUUGGAUGGGCUGCGCAUGUGGCUGGUGCACUAGCAGGUCCUCUACUGGGACUCGCUGUCUUCCCUAAUCAAAGUAAGAAGGAUGCUCGUGGAAGACAUUUCGUCAGAUUCGUCAGGUUAAUCUCGGCCAUCAGUAUCACGCUUCUCAUUGUCGGUGCGAUCCUGGGUAAUAUUUACCUGAUCGCUCUACCCCAACUGAGAAAGCCAUCCUGACAAAGGAUUGAACUUCUCGUGAAAUUUUGCAAGAAGUCCUUUCUCAUAGUCAAGAUACGAGAAGCUGCUGAUAAAAUCUUUGAGUAAGGAACCUUACGGUACAUCCGGUACACAACCUUGUGCAACGGCCGCGUUCCGGGAUUUAGCUGGACUUCUUCGCGCGAUUCGUUCACGAGGAAAAGAGACGUCGUAACGGGUCCUGUGAUCUUCGGGUACCUAACCUAACCUACUUUCCUGAGGUACGAACUGGCAUAAACGCCAACGACUCGGGUCUUACGAUUAAAUCGUGUGCCAAUUCGAGUUUACUAUUGUGUGCCAUCUUAAGGAACCUCGUAGGAGAUCUGAAAUUUGAAAAUCGAAUGGAAGGAGCUUUGUAUUUAUCUGAAGAAUAACGCAUGUAUAGAAUUCGGUAAAUUGGGAUACUUUUGGAUUUGAACAAUUUCUGCGUGUCAACCAAAAGUGUUGUUUUUUCUCUCUUCUUUUUAUGCAUCCGGUACGCGUAAGAGACGUGCAUACAAUUGCAUAUAGGUAUAUAUAAGUAUAUAAGACGGAAUGCGAAGGAUGAAAAAAAAUGUUUCAAAGACGUGACAAGUUGUUGUUGUCGCGAAAUUUUGUGAUUAACUGUACACUCGUUAGUAGGACAAUUUCUAUUUUCUAUGGUCUUGUCACACUGUAGCUAUUUUACAGUGCACUUUAUUAGACGCGAUCUAGACGACAUUUAAGCCAAAUGUAAAAUACCCAUUUUCUAUAGAUUACGCGCGAACUCUUUAACAAUUAUAUUCCGAUGAUUCGCAAGAUUACUCGUUCAUCCAAAUCAACCUUCACGAGGAAUUAAUUAAAUGCAUUGUAAAAAUCGUUAAAAAAUUACUUCGGGAUUCUCAUUAUAAAUCCUUUGUAUAGAGCAAUGGACUAAGAGACUUUCCAACGACUAAACGCUGCCAUCUGCGAAACGGUAGAUACUAAACUAUAGUAAAUAGUCUUAUACCCGCAAAAUGUGUUCCCCUCCCUGCCCCUAAAAAAAUACAAGUGAACGUACCAUACCUAAAUUAUUUAUCGAUUAUAUAAUAAACUGGCUGUGAUUAUGUUUAGUCUUAUUGUCAACACCAUUAUUGUACAUAGUUAUAAUACUGCGAUCUUACACGGAAUAAUAUACCAACAAGAAAGAAAAAAAAAGAAUCUGUACCUCCAUUGUGUAUCGAAACAAUCAAUUACGUGCAAUAAUAAUAAAGAGAUCGAUCUACGAUCCUAUAAGGUUAA